AUGGCGCUCGGAACAGAAGAAGGCUGCGGUGGGACGAAGUUAACAGCUUGCAGAGAGAUACAACUCUUCCUAAUAGGGUACAUAAUCGUUGAGAUUUGCGAGAUCGUCUCCAUUGGCCACUUUCCUCUUGACGGCGCUAUACGAAGGGGUUUCAGCGCCGCUCACAUCGCCGCCGUUGUUGCGACAACCUGGAUACUAAUGCUGAAUGGCGCUGUCGGCUACCAACUCCUCGAUGACGGGACCGCAGUGUCUAUUGGGUUAAUCCUAAUAUCAGCCACCGUCCUUUUCGUCGGUACCGGCUACAUCGCGCUCGACACCGGAUUCAGCUGGACAGGCCACUGGGACGACACGCUGAGUGCCCCAAACCGAUCAUAUCCGCUCUAUACGCUCUAUCAGCUCGCACCUCUAGUGUUCCUAGUCAUCUUCUUUAUCCUCGAAGCUUACCUGGUUCUUCGGGUUCUUGGGGAGAAGAAGCCGAUGCUAUAUCUCACCCUAGCAGCCUUGAUGUUCGCUAUCGGUCAGGUCUUCCAAUACGUGAUCAGCGUACAUCUUUGCAACGCUACAGACGGGGCAAUCAACGGCGGGCUGUUCGAGACGCUAUUCACAUUGCUAGCUGUCAUAUUUGUUUGGGUGUUCUGGUCGAGCAUAACAGAGGACGACUGGCCGAUGCCAACGGCAGGCGCAACGUAUACCUAG